AUGUCCACAACCGUCUGGCUGGAUAGAAACUCGAAAACCCCAUCACUAGCGACCACGAAAAACGGAUGCUCGGGUGCAAGACUCACAGUCGACACCUCGGGAUCCGAAACCACUCCAAUCUUCUCUGCCAUACUGUCCCCAACACUCCUGGUGAAGGCAGUCCCUGGGGUCUUUAAUCCCCUCCACCUGGUCAACGCUCAAAACCCUUGCCCCACACAGCUUCACCCUCUCACACUCAUCCUUCCUAAACGGGGUCUGAUCAUAAGACAGGUCCUGGGCAAGAACUCUGUCCCCAUCCCUGACCCCAAGCACGGCCCGCGAAUCUCCCACAUUGGCCACGUACAGUUUGUCCCCAAUCACGAGGGCUGUAAUUGCGGUCGUCCCACUCAUGGAGUCAUCAAUUUCAAUAGUGUGGAGUUGGUCGUUGGUCGCCAGGAAGGCUGA